UACAGAUUGUGGUUUGAGGACAUCUGCAAAUGAUCGCAGACUCUCACAGGGAGGAGGAUCUGCGCUUCAAUGUUUCUCCACAGAGCUCACUGGAACCUUUCUCCCCGAACAUACACACUCUCACAGCGGGCAGGCGAGCGUCCUCUCCCGGUCAGGAGCUGGUGGUGGGCCUGGAGAACGGGUCCAUCAUCACCACCAUGGAAUGCGCAGUGGACGCGCAGAGCCUGAUCUCCAUGUCACUGAUGAAGAUCCACAACUCCAGGACUCAGCGAGGAGGCAUCAAGCUGCACAAGAACCUGCUGGUGUCCUAUGUGCUGCGGAACGCGCGCCAGGUCUACAUCAAGGAGAAGUACGCGGAGAUCUACCGCAUGCAGCAGUAUGAGGAGGUGAUGACCGUCUGCAACGAGAUCCAGGAGCUGGACCCGCUAGAGCUAGACGCGGAGGAGGUGUGCGGAGAGGAGCAGGAGCAGGCGCGCGCUGCUGCUGCUGCUGCCGCUGCGUGCUGCGGCGAGGAGGCGAGUCCGUGCGGGGACAGAGGCGCGGUGGCGGCGCACGUCCGGGCAGCGAGCUCUCUGCUCGGCUGCUCUCCUUUCCAGGACAGCGACCCAGAGCCGGAGCCGUGCGACUACCGCAGCUGCUGCAUGGAGGCGUCUCCCGGAUCGUACUGCAACAAAACCACCGUGCUGGACUUGGACACUCAUGUGGUGACCACGGUGGAGAACGGAUACCUGCACCAGGACUGCUGCUGCGACGCGCUCCACUGCGGACAGGGCGCGCAGCCGCUGCCUCUGCCGGUAGCCAGAAAGCGGAAGGUGGAGUUCGGCUGCUGCGUAAACGACUCUGAGGACGCGUCCGAGUUCACGGCGGCUCGGAAAAAAGCGAAGCGCGAGGACUGUUGCGCUUUCUUCUCCGGCGACAACUACACGGACACUUCCAACAUCUCCAACCUGAUCUCCAUCUUCGGCUCGGGGUUUUCGGGGCUGCUGAGCAGGCAGGCGGACCUGGAGCAGAUCUGUAGCAAACAGGCUCUGGCCAGUCUGGGCGCAUGGACCCGGGCCAUCGUGGCUUUCUAAUCGGACACUUUAUGUGACAGAGACCGGGUCCGGUUAUUUCUCCACAAAGUCCCAGUGAGCGGAACCACAUGGAGAAACCAGCUCCUGCUGCUGUUUGGGAACACGGUCCUGGGUAGAAACGACACAGCGCGGUUCACAAUAUUAUUGUGAUAAUUGUAAAAAAACAAAAUCUACUUUAUUUUUAAAAAAAGAUUCUUAAAUGGGCGGAGCCUUCUGCUUGUAUGUGUGCACAUUUUACUAAAGCUUACAUAUUCGAACAAAAAAAUACCUUUAGUGACAGAUUUUUGUACCAUUUUGUACCAUUUCUUUUAGUUUCUCUGAAUAUUUGUAUUUAUUCACAGAUGAAUUCAGAUUAACUCAUGUUACAAAUGUUACAAAAACUACCGGAAAAUGUUGCAAAACACUGUAAAUGCUAUGAAUAUGUUAAAAAAGAUAGAAUAAUUGGGAACAUGCUGGCUCCCCCUAGUGGCACUUCAAAAUAAAUCACUACGACUGUAUGUUGGUAUAGGCAACAUUUUUAAAUCACUAGAAUGAAACAUUGACGAUAUUCUCUUGCGAUAACGGAAAUUUACCAAAUUGUUAUGAGUGCUUUUUAUCGCAAAAAUGUGCGAUAAAAGAAAAUCUUGAGGUUCAUGUUCCCACAGACACAGGAGCGAAAGGUUUUUUCAUGGUUCCACAGUCACGGAGGAACUUUCAGUAAAUGCUGUAAGUGUUUUUUUCCCUUCAAAACAAAGAAAUGUUCUUUUUAGGCAAAAAAACUAAACUUUACAAAACAAAUUAAACUCAUUGGAAAUGUCGCGGAAACCAUAAAAAGGCAAAUUUAAUGGAAUUUUAAACAAAAGAAAAAUCUAUCCAGCAAACAAUCACAUUAAAUAAGAUUAUUUGUCUUUGGUGACAUCACUCACUCACACGUCUCCUCUGAUUGGAGGACACGUCGGCAUCACACCUGGACCCGGUCUCCGUUCUGCGGUGGAGAAGAGAAAUCAACUUUAUUUUUGCAAGAAAAAAAAAAAGAAAAAGAAAAGUUAUUUAAAAUGGAGGGAGGGAUUUAACGUCGAUGGAGGAGGAGGGCGGAGCUUGUGCCAUAAAAAAAGAACACUCUGUGACUUAAACCCGAUGACGUGGAUCGACUGUCGUUGCCUUAAAUCCAUGCACACCGCUGCUCUCUACUGACACCAGUGGACGCACAGUGAAAGUGACUGAAUGUCUCUGUUUUUUUUCCCCUUUUCCUUCAAAAACAAACAAACAAAAACAAACCUGGUCUUUGCACAUUCUGAUCAGUGGGUGGCCAUGUGACAAAGGUACCAGCUCACGUCAUGUGAUCCCUCCCCCUUGCAGCGCGUCAUCAGGUCAUUCUGUGUGACAUCAUCAUCAUGAUUAUUGAUUAUUGAUCCUUUUGUUUUAAAAAGGUUUAGAAACAUCUGCGAUAUGAACCAAACUACACAGAGUAUUCUGACGUAUUCUCUCCUUAUCCUUGUUUUUCUGUUCUGUUUUUUUAAUUUGAGUGUGUUUGAUAAAGUGUAGCUCUCUCCGGGUAAAAACUGUUUCAGAGAAUAUUUGUAAAAAAUUUAUAAUCUUAAUAAAAAAAAAAUAUAAUAAACACGAGCUGUUUUGUGUGA